CGUCCGUCCAGACCCGGCGGGACCCGAACUCCGCGCGCGGGCCGGCCCUGAGCACACCCGGCGCGGGGCGGCGGUGCGAUGGGGGCCUCGGGCCUCGGGCUUCUCGGGCGGGCCGAGCAGCCUGCCUUCUCGGAGCCUCCCUUCCUGGCCCGCGGAACAGGCCUGAGACCCCUUACCCGAGUCCUUGCGGCCCUGCGUGCUUUGGGGCGCGGAGGUGUUCUCAUGUGAGGAUACGUGCGGGUUGGAACUGUGACGCUUGGUCAGACUCGCCUAGGACCGUCUGGGCGAACAGUCAGCAAAUAGCUUCCCGUCACUCAGACCGGGACGGAAAACUUCCAUUCUGGGCCUCCUCACUGGAAAGGCAGAGCCCUGGUGUGGCCUCCUGCCUCGCUCACAGCCUGUGCCCAGGGGAGCCCAGCUUGCAGACCGCAGCAGUGGUGUCCAUGGGCUCUGCGGACCAUCAGUUCAACCUCGUAGAGAUCCUGUCGCAGAACUACGGCAUCCGGGAGCAGUGCGAGCAGGCCGUGGGAGACCCAGAGAGGCCCGAGGGGGAGCUGGAGAAGGACUUCAUCGCCCAGAGCAGCGACAUGCCCCUCGAUGAGCUGCUGGCCCUCUAUGGUUAUGAGGCGUCAGACCCCAUCUCGGAGCGGGAGAGCGAGGGCAGUGACAGCGCAGCCAACCUCCCGGACAUGACCCUGGACAAGGAACAAAUAGCGAAGGAUUUGCUUUCAGGGGAAGAAGAGGAAGAGACACAGUCGUCAGCCGAUGACCUGACCCCAUCUGUGACCUCCCAUGAGGCCUCUGACCUUUUUCCUAACCAGAGUGGACCCUGCUUCCUGGCUGAUGCAGACAAAGAGCCUAGCUCUUCCACCUCUUCCGACACAGAGGAGGACCCUCUUCCUGCCAACAAAUGUAAGAAGGAGAUCAUGGUUGGGCCUCAGUUCCAAGCCGACCUCAGCAGCCUGCAGUUGGACCGCCACGGUGAGAAACUCUAUGAGAAUGACGACCAGCUGCUCUGGGACCCCAACAUCCUCCCCGAGAGGGAGGUGGAGGAGUUCCUGUACCGGGCAGUGAAACGGAGGUGGCACGAGAUGGCUGGGUCGCAGCUCCCGGAGGGAGAAUCAGUGAAAGACAGUGAGCAGGCGCUCUACGAGCUGGUGAAAUGCAAUUUCAAUGCAGAGGAGGCUCUGCGGAGACUGCGGUUCAAUGUGAAGGUGAUCCGAGAUGGGUUUUGCGCUUGGAGCGAAGAGGAGUGCAGGAACUUUGAGCAUGGCUUCCGGGUGCAUGGGAAGAAUUUCCACCUGAUCCAGGCCAACAAGGUGCGCACCCGGUCCGUGGGCGAAUGUGUGGAGUACUACUACCUGUGGAAGAAGUCUGAGCGCUACGACUACUUCUCCCAGCAGACGAGGCUGGGCCGGAGGAAGUACGGCCCGCCGGGAGCCACGUGCGUAGAGCGGGCUGCUGGGCCCUGGGGGGGAGGGUGGGCAUCCCCGGCAGGCGUCUCCCCUUCACGGCACACUCUCCACAGGGAUGCAGACCAGGACCUGGACGUCAGUGACCCCGACGGCACCGGUCGCCCCCGCUCGUCGCCGCCCCUGCCCCCUGCUGCCGACAGCCUGGGCUCUGGGCAGGACCCCUUGGUGCGGAUGCACACAGAGCCGCCGAGUGGAGGCAGCGCGGCCGGCAGUCUCAGUGAGCCUGGGGAGAGCUCCGACAGCCUCCCGUCCUCGGAGCCGGGGCCUUGUCCGUUGCAGCAGCUGGACACGCCCCCAGCCGUGCCCCUGCCCAGGCGGCCCCCUGCCCUGGCCGAGCCAGCCUUCUACCCCCCGGCCACAGCCCCUCCAGAGCCCGGCAGCAGCCCGAGACUAGCCGUGGACUUGACCCUGCCCGGGGCCCUCCCCGAGGAGCUGCCUCUCAUCUCCAGCCGUGUGGAUGUGAACGGAGGGCCUGAGGAGGCCGUGGCUCCGGCACAAGUGGCCUUGUCGGUCGCCGAGUUUGGACUCAUCGGCAUUGGGGAUGUGAAUCCCUUCCUGGCUGCCCACCCAGCGUGCCCAGCCCCCGGGCUGCACUCGGAGCCCCUGUCACACUGUAACGUGAUGACCUGUUGAUCCCUGGCCACGGGUGGGCGUGCGUGGCCCGGACUGGACCUGGGGCCACCGCGGGGCCUGCCUCUGCCAGUCUUCCCGACCCCUCCCCUCCUCGUGGGCCUCGGGUAACGCCUCCUCUGCUUCAGAACACGGCAAGGACAGGGUGAGUGGUGGCCGGGCCGCUGCCCUGCCGCCCUCACACACAGGAUGGUGCCCUCGGUGCCCGGCACCACGGUCCGUGCUGUCCAGGCUGCUGCCCCCAGCGCAGGACCCAUCGGGCGGCCAGAGGCGGAGGGCCCGGCCCCGUCUAGCCAGCAGAGGCGAGGAAGGUGGGGAGAUGGGGCAGGAUGCUGCCCCCACCAGCAGCCUCUGCCCGGGCACCCUCAGCACUCCGCUUGGCUCCAUCUCCCUGCACCCGGCAGGGCCACAGUCUGCCCCAGCCCGGGGGUCGUGGGCAGCUGCUACUCGGUGCCAAACCCCGUGGGGCACAGAGCCAUAUACCUCGACGUCGGCCCCGCCUGCCCUCGACCUCCACCCUGCUCUCCACUUCAGGAAACGCCGCACUUUACGUCCCCCGCCCCCCCGCCUCCUCCCUGUCUCCAGCCCAGAGCAGCCUCGGGUGUGGGGUUGAGACAGGUGACCUGCACCCCCUUGGUACCAAGGCGCCGUUGCCUGCAGCACUGAGGGGCUGGCUCCAGUCCGUCCCCCUGACCCCGUGGGUCAUACUUCUGUUGACGCUCCCCAGCAAGAUGGUUUGGGGUCCUGGUCCUUCUCGUUCCCAGCUUCCCUCGUUUUAUUUAUGUUUCUGUUUACAAAUUGGAGUGGGGUCCUCCACGGGGCCAGGGCAGUGCUCCCCAACCCCUGGGUGUCACCAGGAGAGGGUUUUGGCUCGAGCCCGUCUGCAGAGUUGGCCUCGACCUUCCCUCACCCCACCAAGGACCACACUGUGAAGUGAUAACUGCCUUGAAUCCCUUGCUGUUUUAUUUAUUAAACUUGAUUUGAAGUCCA